AUGUCAUCAGACCAGCAACCCCUCCGCAUAGCCAUUGGCUGCGACGACGCAGGCGUCUCGUACAAGAAAGCCAUCAUCAAAGACCUCGAAGCCGACUCGCGCAUCGCCUCCGUGACCGACGUUGGCGUACCUGAAAACAGCGACAAGACCGCGUACCCACACAUCGCCGUCGAUGCCGCCAAGCUCGUCGCAGAAGGCAAAGCAGACCGCGCUGUUCUCAUCUGCGGUACUGGUCUUGGUGUUGCCAUUUCUGCGAACAAGGUGCCCGGCAUUAGGGCUGUAACGGCACAUGACUCUUUCUCGGUGGAGCGCGCCAUUCUGUCGAAUGACGCACAGGUGCUGUGUAUGGGCGAGCGAGUUAUUGGCAUUGAACUCGCCAGGCGGUUAGUGAAGGAGUGGGUGGGGUACCGGUUUGACAAGGGCAGUGCGAGUGCGAAGAAGGUCCAGGCUAUCAUGGAUUAUGAGAAGCAGAACUACGCGGGGUUGGUCAAGGACCAAGCUGAUGCGAAGGGCUGUUAG